AUGGCGUCCCCAGUCGCUGUUCUGUGCGUGGUUCUGCUGUCCGUCUGUGCGGCUCUUGCUGACAGGCCGGUCCAACAGUUUGAAGAGGCGGGGUGCGUGCAGGACGGAGUGGCGUACCCGAUCGGCGCCUCCGUACCGGAUGAUGACCCCUGCACUUUCGGCUGCUUCUGCGCCAGCCCCGGGAACGUAGUCUGUGCCGUGGUGAAGUCCCCCCGAAGCUGCGCCUUCAUGCAGCCGCAGUGCGUUGAUGCCGUCUACGUGAACGACCCCAUGCAGUGCUGUCCCUACAUGACCUGUCCUAACGGUCCGAACUGCCAGGUGGGGGAUUAGAUCAUCCCAGCCGGCCAGACUGUGGAGGUGAACGGUGCGGAGUGCCGCUGUGACGGCAUGCUGUCCGUCUGUUCCGUCUCUACAAUUCACGAGAUAAUUUUGCC